UGUGUGUGAUUCACACCGCUGCUGCUACAACACAGCGUCUGACGAACAUCCGGGUAUUCUGUCGAGAUGGUCAUGGCGGAGGGAGCUGCAGUUCUCAGGAGGAAUCGGCCUGGAACCAAGGCAAAGGAUUUCUACAACUGGCCGGAUGAGUCAUUCGAGGAGAUGGACAGCACCCUGGCUGUCCAACAGUACAUCCAGCAGAACAUUAGAUCAGACUGCUCCAAUAUCGACAAAAUCCUGGAGCCUCCGGAGGGUCAGGACGAGGGAGUGUGGAAGUAUGAACACCUCAGGCAGUUCUGUCUGGAGCUCAACGGACUAGCUGUAAAACUUCAGAGCGAGUGCCAUCCAGACACCUGCACCCAGAUGACAGCCACAGAGCAGUGGAUCUUUUUAUGUGCUGCCCACAAGACACCCAAAGAGUGCCCUGCCAUUGAUUACACCAGGCACACGCUGGACGGAGCUGCCUGUCUUCUCAAUAGCAACAAAUACUUCCCCAGCAGGGUGAGCAUCAAGGAGUCAUCAGUGGCCAAACUGGGCUCCGUGUGUCGUCGCAUCUAUAGGAUAUUCUCUCAUGCCUACUUCCAUCAUCGCCAGAUAUUUGACAAGUAUGAGAACGAGACGUUCCUGUGUCACCGGUUCACGCGCUUCGUCAUGAAGUACAACCUGAUGUCCAAGGACAACCUGAUCGUGCCCAUCCUGGAGGAGGAGGUGCAGAACACCUCCUCAGCUGGGGAGAGCGAGGCCUAAACACACAGCUGCCACAAAGGGAGACACAUGUAAAACACACACAUGACAUGAGGAGACAAAUUCACACACACACACACACACACACACACACACACACACACACACACACACACACACACACACACACACACACACACACACACACACAUAUAAUAUAUAUAAAUAUAUAUACACACUACAGUGUAAUAAGGCUCCUGUCUCGUAACACUGUCCAUGUCCCUCCACCCUUGUCACCUGUGUCUAUCUCAAAGGAAGUGAGGGGUAGGGGGAGCAGAGUUCAGCCAUGCCUGCAGGACAAGUUGUCGUUUUCUAUCCUCCUCACUCUCGCUCUGUGUUCAGAUCCACCCCGUGUGUCUGGACGCAGCCCCUGCUCUCACACUACUCUUCCUGGGGAAACCCCUUUUACCUUUUAAUGUUCUUUAAGCAGCUGGAUUUGCAAAAAUGUAAUCAUGGUGACCUGUAUUGUUGACAAAGGCACACGCUGACAGCCCCCUCCCCUUGUAUAUAACCCCCCCACCCCCCCCCCCCCCCCCCUCUUAAUUCACUAUCAUGUUUUCUGAUGGUGCUUCACUUUUUCGUGUCUGCUUCUGUUUCUCUAUACGCUUAUUGUGUUGCCUACCAGCCUGUUUUUCGGGGGGUCGUUCUAUGAUAUGGAUCAAUAAAUUAGCCUGCUGACUUAAAGGGAUAGUUCAGAUGUUUUUCUGUGGGGUUGUUUGCAUAUCCAUAGUUCAAGUGUGACCUACAGUAACUCUGAAAGCAACAAACUCCUUUGUCAAAAAGGCUAAUUUUACAUCGCUGAACGCAGGAGUUGUUGCUCCACUGCUGCCUCAUGGAGUACGUUUGAUUUUAUUGUGACUUUGGUGUUUAAAGUACUUAGUUUGGAUCCAUUGAAGUCACUCAAUUACACAAUAACCUACUGGUAGAGGCGUGGGAAAACCAGCAACUCCUUUGUUCUGCGAUAAUAAAAUGACUGGUUUUGUCAGGUGGCUGAAACAAGAGCUAGAUGACACUUAAAUUCCCCGUGUAACGACAAGGUAAAGCGGAUAAAAUCUCGUCAUCUACUGUAGGUAAUGCACUGAUUUUAGAACCGAGAACAACCCCACUUCAAACCAUCCCUUUAACGAUGCCAUUGAGACACAAAACGUAGGUGUGUGUGUGGCUUGUGUGGUAGUGAACAAAGACAAACGUAACGUCUAGCUUUGUAUGCGUACUAGCAGUCAGAUAUUCUUUCUCUCUUCCUCUGAAGUGUUUUCUCUAGAGUAUUCAGGAAGGCUAACUCUGAUCCUGCUUCGUGGCAUGCCCCCAUUUUAAUACUGAGUAAAAUGUGUCUGAUAUUCCCCUCUCCUCGACAGGAUUGACUUCAGGGGACUGUGCUGCUGCAAGCCAGUUUUUACUAACGCAUUACGAGGAGUAAAACUCGAGGAAAGUGGGAAAUGUCAGAUACAUUUACCGGAGCACAACCGCCCUCUUCCUUUUACCCUCCCCCUCAUUAAGUUAUUUUGUGGGAGGAGUCUUGUCAAUCCAAACCCACUUUUUUUUUAAUGGACUAAAACAAUUUUGUUACUGUCGACAUUUUCAUGAUGUCUGUUAAUAAAAAAGACCUAUUAUUCA